GAAUGCUGACAAAAGCGGAUUUCUAAGGCUUUGUAUUUAAACGUCAUGGUCGAAGUCUAUUUCAGUCUCGUCCAAGCGAGCUGGUUUUUCUUUUCUUUCCUUUAACUAGCAUGCGUCAUUUCAAAAAUGAAAGAUCUCGUAUACCGGAUGUGGGAACAGGAAUAUAUUUCUAGAGCUAGGAAACGGUUCGCUUCAUUACGUUGAUGACUGAAGAGGCGAUUAGAAAGUUUGCCCAGGAGAAUUUCAGUCAUAAAUACUUUCCAGUCCUCCUAGGCGAGAGUGAUAAAAUACAACCCUUGGCACUGGUGGUCAAGAAACACCGUUCAAUAUUCAAAAGACCCUUUGCAAAAUCAGAAAUUGUAAUCCUUGACGGAUUCGACAGAUAUGUCGAGAACGGUGCACAGAAGGCAGUUUGUGAAUCCAUAUCAUCGAAGAUGAAGAAUAGGGGCGACGAGUUUGGCAUUGCAUUGGCCAAAUAUGCAGGAGGAAAUAUCCAGUUGGAUGAUGAGAAGGGAGUCCUGGCACUCGGAAACUUGAGCUAUAAAUACAUCGACGAUCCGGAUCUUCGUGGGAUACUUGCAAAUGCAGAGCUGGAUGCCAGCAAAAUGAAGUCUUUUGCAGAAAGUGAUAUAUUGCUUCUCAUUACUUCUAUUAUUUACAGCGAAAAGUUUGAACUGAAAGGGAAAAGAAUGCAUCAGACUGAAGAAGCCAUGGAAGUGGGAAAUCUUCCACAGUAUUUGCAGUUUCUCAACCUAAACAAGACCUCGGCUAUGAGGAUUCAUGCUAAGCACAUGUACAUUCCUCCAGAUGCAGCGGCAAGGAACACAGAAGCACCCUUUCUCUUCAAGUGCUGCCGUGUCGGUUACAAUAAAGAAACUAAUCGACUGGAAAUCUGCAAAGGAGAGUAUGUCGGGAAAGUUGUAACUCUUCACAGAGCAGUGGAUGCCCCAUUCAGUGAGGAGGGCGCCGAGUAUGACGACACUCCGGUAGAAACUACAGAUCAGACAGAUUUACCAGACUGUCUCACAGCCAAAGAUAUAGAGAAACUGGACAAUAUAACUAAAGUAGUGCUGUUAACAGAGAAGACCACAGCACAGCGUAAAGCUCGCGUGAGCAAGUAUCUACAAUGGUUUGAAGAAGCACUGAUGACUAACAAUAAAUUCUUGGACCUUGACGAGCCAAUGACAUUGAAAGAUUGUGCUUUCCUGGGAAGUGUCUACCUUCCUUGCGAAGAGGGUUCAACUGAGGUGGAUCUGACAUCUCUCUCAACAGCAGAAAUUCAAGAUUUUGCAAUUGUGUUUAAAGUGCUUGAUGAGUUACCUGAUGAACAGUGGAGCGAAAUGGAGACUUUGGCAGCCUGCCCCGAUUAAAGGAAAUGUGGCCUAACUCGUAGAACUAAUUCAUUUUGUUUUUUUUUAGAUCGUUUGUCAAUGAACGACGUACAAUUGUAUUAUCGUUGUUGAUACUCUUAAAGUAACAAGGAGGAAGACUAGACUGAUUUUCAAUAUAAGCAUGCAUAUCUGAACUUGAAUUUCCGAAAUGUAAUGAUAUUUCAAAAGUAUAGUGUAAAGACAAAAUUGC